AUGAUGGGAUUGGCACAUGCGCAAGGUUACAGUGAGUUUGCAUUGCUGCUCGCUCUUGGCUUCAAUGCUAUGCUGAGAACCAGUGAAAUGCUCUCGCUGUCACAUCAACAUGUGGUUCCUCAUCGCCAUGGCAAGGGCAUGAGCCUCAUCAUCCCAGGCAGCAAGACUUCACAAGGCAACCCGCAAGUCCUUUUGGUUCUGGAUGCAGAUUUGAUUGCCUAUGCCUCCUCCUUAUGCCGACCGGGAGAGAGGAGCCCAGGCCUUGCCCUCGCUCAGCUUCGUGCGCGUGCGGGCGCGGGUGAAGUGCCUCCUCCUGGGCGCCAGCGAGCAGGACCGCCAGAGCUUUGGAGCUGGUUCAAGGUUGGUGUCGAGCUGGUGAUUUGGGUGCCAGUGCCGGUGCUGGCACAGAAUGAGGUCUACACCGACUGGGUGGAGUCCAGCGAGGCCAUCGCCACGGGGCGGCAGCCGCCCAGCGCCCCGGUCUUGAUGCCUCCGGCGGUGCUCCUCGUGACCGAGGUCUUGUACAGCUGGACCCCUCUGGAGAGUUUGAACUUGGGCCCUGACUGCACGUUCCAAAGUUGGCUGGUGCAGAUCCAGGAGGAAGGCACUGGAGUUUGGAACUCUGUGGAGAGCUGCCUGCAGCAGAGCGCUUCGGAGUGUCUGAUUCAAGGCUUGCAGUGCGACACCGACUACAACGUCCGCGUAGCCGCCAUCUGCCAGGAACCUGAACUUGUGGGUGAGUUCCGCACCAGCAGCUUCAGGACGGAAACAGGCGACGUGUGCCUCCGCCCGGCAGCCACGCCGAGCGGUCUCAACGCCACGCCCGGUGCCCCGGGCAGCUCCUUGCAGCUCCAGUGGCAUCCAGGCGCCGAGCCGAUGGACUGCAGCUUCUUCUCCUGGGAGUUGAAUCUUCGUGUCCAGGGGGCGGCCGAGUGGCAGAGCCAAGGCUGUGAGGGUGGUGGUGCUCGAGAGAACUCCAGCUGCACGGCUGGUGGAUUGCAGUCUGACACGACCUAUGAGAUCAGGAUCAGGGAGAACUGCAGCAUCUCCAGCACGAACUCGGACUGGAGCAACGUCGCCUCGGCCAGCACCCACGUGCUCUCCGCCGAGGUGCCAGGCCUGAAUGCCUCGGUGGUCUCCUAUGACACCGUGCAGCUGUCUUGGGCGCAGCCGUUGUUGAAUGAUUGCGUCUUCUCGCGGUACCAGAUCCAGUGGUCUCUCCAAAACGGCACGUGGCAGGACAUCUGCCAGGCGGAGCUGUCGAGUAGCUGCGUCUUGGGCUGCCAGGUCACAGGUCUUCCUAGCCGCUCCCUGGUGCGCUUCCGCGCGCAAGUGCUGUGCGUGCGAACCGUGGCGAACAGCGGCUUCGCAGUGGCUGAGGUGGCCAUGCCGGACCGGCUCAUGGGCGCUCCGGAGAACGUCUUGGUGGCCGCGUCGAGCAGCGCCACGGAGGUCUUCGUGUCCUGGAGCUCGGGGCAGCUGCACGACUGCGAUUUCCAGCGGUGGCAACUGGAGUUGUACACCGACGCCACGGGAUGGCAGCCAUCUGAAGCUUGCAGCUUCUCGAGCCCGAGUGCGCAGGCGUGUCAGCUCUCGGGUCUGCCGUGCGACACGCAGUUUCAGCUCCGCCUCGCAGGCCUCUGCGGCGAGAGCACGGGCGAGAGCGGCUUCGCCAGCUUCGCGACGCCCGACGUGCCGGGCUGUCAUGCACAGGCCCUGCCGCCCAGUUGGGUGGUGGGUUCCGAAGCUACGGCCAGCAGCGUGAGUCUGACAUGGAGUCCCGGACAGGAGGUGGAGAAUUGCAGUUUUCUUCACUGGGAGGUGCAGGUGCAGCCGGAGAACCAGGCCACAUAUGGGCCUGCUGCAGGUUGCCCCGAGGCCUCGCUGCGGAACAUGAGCAGCUGCGUGGUGAUCGGUCUGCAGAGCGCGACGUCGCACACCUUCCGCGUGAGGGAAGUGUGCCAGGAGAGCACGUCCAGCAGCGACUGGGCGGUGACGUCGGUGCCCAUCAGCACCUUGCUGGUGCCUGCUCAGGCGCCGAGCGGGCUGAGGGCCAGCGAGGCCACCAGCAGCAGCGUGACCAUACAGUGGGACGUACCACAGCUGAACGACUGCCACUUCCAGGGUUAUGUGCUUCGGUGGCGUCAACGCGAAGGAGGCAACUGGUCGAGCUCCACGGGCUGCAGCUUCUUCAGCAGCAGUUGUGAGAGCACCUGCACGGCGAAUGGCCUUCCCUCGAACGCGCAGAUCGACGUGGAGGUGAGGGUCUCGUGUACUCAAGCAGAGGCCGAGUCGGACUGGACGUCUGCGAGCUUCCAGACCUUGCCAGUGCCGGCGGGUGCUGUCGUCCAGUUGAGCCUCUCCGAGAUCUUCACCGGAGGUGGCACUUUGUCCUGGACACCACCGGCCCUAAAUGAUUGCGCCUUGGCUGCCUACACCGUGGAGCUCCGUGAGGUGUUUGGUACCUGGGCGCUGCCCAGUGGUAGCUGUGGCCCGAGCACCACGCCCCCCUGCAGCUUGCAAGGUCUCAACUGCGACAGCAACUACGAAGUGCGGGUGGCUGCCAAUUGCACCAACCCUCUCGCCAGCGGGCCCUUUGCGACGGUCAGUUUCACCACGGAUGUGGGGGAACUUUGCUUGAAACAAGCGCCGGCUCCAAGGUCUGUGAUGGCCACUGCGUUGGGCGUCUCGAGCCUUGCGGUUGCCUGGGUGGAUGCGAGUGCGAAUGCUUCACGGAACUGUAGCUUUAGCGAGUGGCAGGUGGAGUUGAGACCCUCCAGCAGCGAGGGCUGGUCUUCGGCCUGCCGGGUCCUGGAGCUUCAGGUGACCGACUGCGUGGCGAGCGGGUUGCCCUCGAACACCGCUCAUCACUUUCGGGUCCGCGAAGUCUGCGACGACGUGGGCACGUGGGGCUACACCGCUGCAGCAGUCAGUACGGCUCCGGUAGCUGCCGCCCCAAUGGUGGUCCAGGCCUCCUCGCCCCAAGUCUCCCAGAUGCUGGUGCAGUGGAGUUCCCCCGAGCUGAAUGAUUGCCUUUUCAGUCGCUUCAAGCUCCAAUGGUCUGUGGACAGCAGCAGUUGGCAAGAGGUGGCAUGCGGAGCCAGUAACUUUUGCGAUAGCAGCUGCAGUGCUCAGUCGCUCCCCUCGAACACCGCGGUGACCUUCCGGGGCAGGACGAUCUGCACGGAGGAGGCCUUGAACGGCGAGUGGAGCAACUCUUCAGUGCCUGUGUCGACCUUGCCAAGACCCUCCGAGCCGCUGGUGGUCCACGUGAACGUCUGGAGCUAUGACGCCGCGGAGCUCUCGUGGUCGAGGCCAGUGCUGAACGAUUGUAUCCUGCAGGGCUGGCAGGUGGAAUUGCUGGACUCGAACCUCUGGACCUCCGGGCCGGGCUGCCAGGGCUUGACGGCCGACGCCACAGGUUGCAACCUCACGAACCUCGCCUGUGACUCCGACUUCCAGGCGCGCGUCUCCACGCGGUGCCACAGCGCCUUGGCCGACGCAGAGCCUCGCAGCGUGUCCUUCCGGACGGCGGCAGGUGCUGAAUGCCUCAAACGCGCUGGCGCGCCCCUGGGCGUGCUCUUGUUGGCCACGUCCGUCAGCAGUGCCACCCUCACCUGGGAGGCGGGCUCGCCGAACGACUGCACCUUUGCCUCCUGGGCGGUACAGCUUUCGCCCACCGAGCCGGGACCGAGCUUCAGCUGCGCCAGCUCUCUGCGGGACUCCACGAGUUGCAUCUUCUCCGGCUUGGCGGAGAAUUCCAGCUACGUGGCCUCCAUCCAGGAGCUGUGCGCUGAGAGCUCCUUAGCCUCCCCGAGUGCGUUGAGUCAAGUGGCCACUACCUUCAGCGUGCCGUGGCCCAGCGUGGCGUUGCAACUGCCCUUUCCGGACGAGACGGUGGAGCGGCGGCCGGAAGAGCUUAUGGUGAUGUACGACGUGGAUGUGGAACUGCCCGUGGUAGGUAGUGUGAAGAGCUUGGUGGCCAAGCUGGUAGACCUCAGCUGCAGGCACUGCAUCCGGAAGUGCAAGGAGAGCUGUAAGCACGACCGGGCCAUCAUUUGCAAAGGCCGGAAAGGCUUUGGCCUUGGCCUCUUCGUCUUCACCUACGACCAGCGCAUUCCAACGAGCUUGUGGGAUCACCACACCGUGCUCCGCCGCGGCCUCACCGUGCUGGUGCCGCUGCCGGAGCCCUUCCGGGACCGCGAGGAUGGCAGUCCACUGGAGCUGAGUGUCCUGGAAGAGGCCACGCAAAACGACUCGCCCUUGGAAGUGGCCGAGUGCAUGCCGAAGUUCUUCGAAGCGGACGAAAGUACGCUGAAAGGUCUGCAGAGCUUCAGCACCGAAGACCUACAGCUGGAGGCGAUCUUAGAGAAAGUGGAUGGUUCAUUGGGACUGCUGCACCCUCCACGCGAUCCAGCGACCCUGGAAGUCAUCGAUGGGUUGCCUUUGCUGUCCUCCAAGUCAGUGGGCUAUAGCUCCGACAUCGCGCAGGUCCGCGUGAUGCUGGAGGAGCAGCAUCCCAAUCUCCGGCUCCCGGAGGGCGUCACUUCGCUCAUCGUAGAGGUCGUGAGGCCCGAGGUGCAGGUCUGCGUGCCCUACAGUUAUCAAGGCUUCCGCUUGCUGGCAGUCAUGAAGGAGGGCGCUUGGCUUUGGGAGGACGCUGCGGAUGCCAUGGCACAGGAGCUGGGGAUGGAGCGUCCCAAGCGCUUGAGCUUUGAGCAUGUGAAGCCCCGAGGCUAUGGAGCCGGAGAGGCCCCGAGCCUCAGCGAUGUCAUGGCGAAGGCUCAGGCCUAUGUCAUGGGCGAAGAUCCUCAUACGUUGGAGGAGGGUUGGGUGGUGGUCUUCCGGAAUGGCCUGCGGCUGAAGGUGCAUACUGAGGUUUGGAACAUGGUCCACGCCUGGUGGUCCAACCGGAUCAACACCAAGACAGUCUUACCGCUCCUGGAGGAUCCGCGGAUCAACCAGGUGCCCUUCAGCAGCUUACGCGAAUGCCUUUGCGGCCCCGCCGCGACCGAGAAACGCCGCCAGAAUGCCGACGCGCUCGAGGCGCUUCUGCGAAAGCUGAAGCCUAUCUAUGAGGAGUGCCAGGUGGAGCUGCGGAACGUGGUGAAGGAGACGGCCAAGAAGUCCCUGAAGGAGCUGAAAGUGAACGGACAUCCACUGGUGAAGAUCAUCCAGAUGGUGCGCGGAAGACAGGGUUGGGUGGAAAGCAUCCCUGAGGAAGUCGAUUUGGAGACGCUGCUGCUGAGCAACGAGGCCGUGAGGCACAUGUUCCUGCCGCGUGCUGCACGUGCGGAGCGUGAACUGGAAACCACCUUGGAUGCGGCGGUCCUGCAGGGCAUUGAGACGAAGCUCUUGCGAGCGGUGCAGAUGUGUUUGGAGGUGUUGCCCAAGAACACCACGGUGCCGGCCUUGGAGAAGGACCUACAAAAGCCGCUGCCAGAGGAGAUGGUGCCCUUGAUCAGUGGCAAGGGCCUCAUCCUGCCAGAUGCCUUCCAGCGCCUCACCGCCGUCCUCGCGCGCCGGACGGUCGCUCCAGAGGCUUCGAGAUGCAAAUCAGAUGAGUGA